ACAUAUGCCAGUACGCGCACAUUUCUCAAUUAUGAUAAAAAAUGAAUAGCGAUUCCCGUUUUCAAAAAUUAUACUGCGCUGUGCUCUGUUAUUAGUGUUAUACUUUGUGUUUAUUACACGAUUGAAAUUGUUAGUUUGUUUCCUUUGUUAGUCUGUGUUACCAACUGUGUUACACGAAACCUGAAUUGAUUUUAAAACUAUGCGUUUAUACUGUGAUCAUUUCGUUUUGUAACGACUAACGUCACUUCAAACAUGCGCAAAGCGAAGCUCGCUUUGCUUCUGCAUCUGGUUCGCGUGCGUCACAGUCUUCUUCGUACUUCUCGUCUGCGCCAAAAAAUUCAUUUGCUAAUUGCGAGCAAAAGAAUCCGUCAACGUCGCUGGUAUGUCCGUGAACAUAAUCGUGAUCGCGAUCGAUGGGGUGAAUUUUCGAAUAUUGUGAAACGGAUGCGCGAGUUAGACGAUGAGCUACAUUUUCAGUACUUUCGGAUGGCCAAGGAAACCUUCGACGAAAUUCUUGCAUUGAUUACUCCACGCAUCAGCCACGCCAUCACCCAUGAGUAUCCGGUGUCUCCCAUGGAGCGACUUGCCGUAACUUUAAGAAUCUUGGCUUCGGGCAUGAGUCAAACUACAGCAGCCCAUAGUUUCUGUCUUGGUCGAGCCACGGUAAAUCGCAUUUACCGCGAAACAACAAGGGCAAUUUGGGAUGUUAUGGGGCCUGUUUACGUUGGUCCACCGAGCGAAUCACGCUGGAAAUCUAAUGCGGAAAGGUUCAACGCGUCCUGGCAAUUUCCUAACUGCAUUGGUGCGGCCGACGGGAAGCACGUGGUUAUCAAGAAACCAAAGAAUGGCGGUAGUCAGUAUAUCAACUACAAAGGGACACAUUCAAUCGUACUCAUGGCUGUAGCGGGUCCCGAUUAUGAAUUUUCAUACGUGGAUAUAGGCGGCUAUGGUCGGCAGAGUGACGGUGGGACAUGGAGCAAGUGCGCUUUGGGAAAAGCGGUGGAAGAUGGGACGCUAAUAAUGCCCAAGCCCGAGCGCCCAUUAUUAUGCGAGCACCUGUUGCCACAUGUAUUUGUCGCGGACGCUGCGUUCCCCAUAUCGGUCCACCUGAUGCGUCCCUACCCCGAUCGAAAUCUAUCCAGAGCCGCACGAAUUUUUAAUUAUAGACUGUCCCGGGCGCGGCGCGUCGUAGAAAACGCGUUCGGCAUUCUCGCUUCCAGAUGGCGUAUUUUCCAACGGCCAAUGGAUUUCCAGCCAGCACAAAUCGUUCUUACCGUCAAGGCAUGCGUGGUGUUACAUAAUUUUCUACUUCGCAAAAAUAUCGCAAACAGCAAGUCUGCCUAUGUAAUGCCUACUCUUAUUGAUCGGGAAAACGAAGACGGCCCAGGAAUAAUUGAAGGGGAAUGGCGGCGAAUAACUGCGCGCGAUACGGGGUUGUGCAGAAUGGGAAAAAGCAGAGGCACUGCCGAAGCUAUGCUUAUUAGAGACAGGUUUCGUGACUAUUUUAACUCCACCGGCAGCGUUUCCUGGCAGGAAGCUCGCACAUUUGGUGUUUUUCAGGAGCAAGAAAAUUUUUCUUCCGACGAUAGCAGUUUGUAAUUAAUUGUGUUCGAGUGCUAGGAAUUUUGUACUCUAUUUUUGUGGCAACAUUAAAUUGUAAUACGGCAUAUUUCGAUUUCGAUUGUAUAGCAAUAAUUCCGGCAAUAAGCACAAUGGCGGAGAACAAACAAGUGAAAAGGAUGCAACAUA